CGUGAUGAUGCCAAUAAGGUGUUGUUGAUUGGUGUCGUGUCAAAGGCGAUACAAACACACCUGACUGUGUGACGAUACUGGAGGUCUUUAGACCGAUGACAUAUUUAACACAGUGGUAAACUUGACAUGUACCGCGUCACGUCAAGAGGUAAGCACCGAACAAUAUGAAGAUGCUACGGUCUUACUACUUCAUGUUUCUUGCUGCGAUUAUUGCAGUUUUCUGCCUUUUGGUGGAAGGGUUUAUUGUCCGGACUUCAGCCGGAAAAAUUCGUGGUGUACUACGAGAUCUUGACGGUGUGGGAUACCGCUUGUACGCCGGGAUACCGUACGCAGAGGCUCCGAUCGGUAGGCUACGAUUCGCUGCACCAGUCGCAAGAAAAUCCUGGCAGGGAAUACGCAAUGCCACUCGGUACGGGCCGUCUUGCCCGCAAAACAUUUCAAACGUAGCUAAAUUCUAUCCCGACUACGUUGUUCGGAUACCAGAUGAAGCGAUGGUCGUGAGUGAAGACUGCCUAUCACUCAAUGUGUUCGCUCCUGGUGAUUGCUCAAGUUCAUCUGGUUUAGCGGUUAUGGUUUGGGUUCAUGGCGGGAGUUACGCCACGGGACAGGGUAGCGGGUAUGACGCGUCUGCUCUGGCCGUCCGUGGUAGGGUUGUCGUGGUCACUAUCAACUAUCGACUCAAUGUCUUCGGGUUUCUCUCCACCAAUGACGAGAACGCACCAGGAAACUAUGGUUUGUUGGACCAGCAGCUCGCCUUGCAGUGGGUUCAUGAGAACAUCGCAGGGUUUGGUGGCGACCCAUCCCGAGUUACUCUCUUCGGCCAGUCAGCUGGAGGGGCGGCGGCCACUCUACACCUUUUCGCACCAAACAGCCGGCGGCUUUUUCAACGUGUUGGAGCCAUAGGGGGAUAUUUUGAGCCAAGUCACGCCGCCAGUGGUCCACGUAUGAGGCAAUAUGCAAACGUAGUCGGCCGUAAUAUGAACUGUACACAUGACACGACGACGGACUUGGUGCAGUGUCUACGAGAGAGAACAAUGCACGAACUACUUGCGGCAGGGUUAGAAUUAGAGCAAGCAUUGAUUCUCCCAGUUAUAUGGGGACCAGUAAUUGAUGGCCAUCUCUUAUUUCCUCAUCAUGUAGCAUCCAAUGACUCCUUGGACCUGCAUCACGAUCUCAUGAUCUCCUUCUGCACAGGUGAUGGCUCUGUCAUCUUAGAGGCACUACCUUUCAUCAGCCCCCGAGAAUUAAACCUCUCCGUCGGCGUCACGCCUUUGCAGUGGACGCGAUUCUUGACAUAUUUGUGGAGAACACCUCUCCAACAAGAAGCCAUCGGCUUUGCCUACCCUGCCCUUGAUGACCCUUCCCGGGGCAGGGCGAUCGUCGACCUUAUGACUGACUGGAACUUCCUGGCAGAUGUUCCAUCAACUCUUGAUAAAGUCACCACGGUCCGAUCAGUGUACAUGAGCGUGUUUGACUACCGGAGCAGUGCCAACACCAGGUACCCCUGGCUCCAACCUUCCCCUCACUCCGAAGACCUGUCUUACAUUUUUGGCCUUCCAUACAACGCAUCAGGCCUUGGAUCUCGAUUUACCACUCAAGAGACAGCAUUGAGCAACCGCCUCAUCACGUACUGGUCAAACUUUGCAAAGAGCGGGUAG